GAGGCUAACUAGAGGCAGUAACUAGUGGCUGUAACUUGAGGCUAACUAGAGGCUAACUGGAGGCUGUAACUAGAGACUGUAACUAGAGGCUGUAACUAGAGGCUAACUAGAGACUGUAACUAGAGGCUAACUAGAGACUAACUAGAGGCUGUAACUAGAGGCUAACUAGAGGCUAACUAGAAACUGUAACUAAGGAUUAGAGACUGUAACUAGAGGCUAACUAGAGACUGUAACUAGAGGCUUAGUAGAGGCUGUUACUAAGGAUUAGAGACUGUAACUAUAGUCUGUGAUAACUAGCAUCUCGGACAUGGGAGAACUGUCACGUGUACACAUCAGAACAUGUUUGCCAUCCUUCUCUACCUUCCUCUGGAGGGCUGACCGACUGAGGCCCCUCCUGAUUGGUCCGUGGGGAUGAUCGCCACUGGAGGGAUCCUCCGUAUUAACGCCAGGCGCCAGGCUUCUCUUCACUCUGACACCAACAACCCUAAACCCCGCAAGAGGAAGAAGAGGAGGCGUAACGAGGUGGUGGUUGUGAAGGGGAAGCUCCACCUCUGUUCGGCCACUGGACUGGUGGCCGCCCUGGGCCUCCUCAUCCUACUGGUUGGCAUGGCGAUGUCCAUCCUGGGGUACUGGUACCGUGACGACCUCUACCUCAGCGACCCCGGGGGCGCCGGCCUGACCGCAGCAACACCUGAGGAAGAAUCAGAGGGCGGAGAAAAUGGAGGAGGUCAGAAGGGAGAGAUGGAUGAAGGACGAGGAGGAGGAGGAGGAGGAAACGUUCUCAUUAACAGAACUGAAUUCGUUAACAGAACUCAAUUCGUUAAUAGAACUCAAUACGUUAACGGUACUGAACAAACUCCACCAGAAGGCUUCCUACAAGAGCUCCUCAACAGGUACCUGUACUCAGACAGGAUGAAGGUGAUCGGGCCGCUCAUCAUGGGCGUGGGGAUCUUCCUCUUCAUCUGCGCCAACGCCGUCCUCCACGAGGAGCGCGACAAGAAGACCAAAGUAAUCAACCUCCGAGACAUCUACUCCACGGUGAUCGACCUGCACUCGCUACGCAAGCCCCCGGCUGAGCCCUGCUCCUCCGCCGACCCCCCCACCGGACCCUCCAACUACCUCCAUCCUGCCUCCCUAUUGGCUAAGAAGGGAGAAGGAGGUGAGGAGGAGGGGGAGGAGAGGAACUGUGUGUUCACCAUCUACCAGGAGAAGCCCCUGGCGGCUCCUCCCUUAAGCCACGUGUACUCUUGGACCUCUUUCACGCUGCCCAACACAGGGACCCCGGCCGGCCACUCUGCCCAGCAGAGGAGGCUGUCUGAUGGGCCCGCCGUCCAGCCCAGGAGGCUGUCCGCUGGGGCCUCCACUGGGCCCUUCACCCAGCCCAGGAGGCUGUCUGCUGGGGCCUCCACCCAGCCCAGGAGGCUGUCUGCUGGGGCCUCCACCCAGCAAAGGAGGCUGUCUGCUGGGGCCUCCACCCAGCCCAGGAGGCUGUCUGCUGGGGCCUCCACCCAGCCCAGGAGGCUGUCUGCUGAGGCCUCCGCUGGGGCCUCCACCCAGCCCAGGAGGCUGUCUGCUGGGGCCUCCGCUGGGGCCUCCACCCAGCCCAGGAGGCUGUCUGCUGGGGCCUCCACCCACCCGUAGCAUCCAGCUGGGUUUCUCCCAUAACUAAAAGAUCUUCCGGGAAUAAUCGAAGGGAAGCUUCUCAAAACCAUUAUGCCUUCACACAGACCAGACCGCUGGCUCCCAUGA